CCASGGAGCAGACUCACCUGAGGCAGAACCUGAACUGAUCCCAGACCAGCCAUGGACAGAGCCGUGCUCCUGCUCUUGGUCGUGUGUGCGACCGUUUCUUCUCAGCAAAUCUCAGACAGCCAGCGUCUGUUCACCAUCGCCGUCAGCAGAAUCCAGCACCUCCACCUGCUCGCCCAGAGACUCUUCUCUGACUUUGAGAACUCCCUGCAGACAGAAGAACAACGUCAGUUCAACAAAAUCUUCCUGCUGGAUGUCUGCAACUCUGACAACAUCGACAGCCCCAUCGACAAGCACGAGACGCAGCGCAGCUCAGUUCUGAAGCUUUUGUCCAUUUCUUACCGCCUGGUGGAAUCCUGGGAGUUACCGAGUCUUUCUCUGUACGGAGGUUCUUCACCGAGGAACCAGAUCUCACUCAAACUGUCUGAACUGAAAACUGGYAUCCUGCUGCUGAUCAGGGCCAAUCAGGAUCCGGUGGAGAUCUUUACGGACAUCUCGGCCCACCAUCUGGCGCCGUAUGGAAACUAUUAUCAGGGUCGUGGACCUGAAGAGUCACUGAGGAGAUCCUAUGAACUGCUGGCUUGCUUCAAGAAAGACAUGCACAAGGUGGAGACUUACCUCACGGUGGCUAAGUGUCGACUCUCUCCAGAAGCAAACUGCACUCUGUAGUCCCGCCUCUUCAAUCAGGAAGCUCCGCCCCCAGCCCACACGCCUGGAUUAGCAUAGGCCCUGCUUAUUGUUUUAAUGUACCAGUUCAGAUGUUCUGAUGUUCUGCUGUGAUGGCAAAUGUAAGGAAGUAAUGAUACCACUGUCAGCAUGUUAAAUAAAGUGUGUUGCAUUGA